AUGUCUCCAGCAACCCAACGCACGGCUUCUUUCUUCCAACAGCAACCGUCUCUGUACUCUAAUCUCCAACAAAAUGCUAACAACUCUAAUCUCCAACAAAAUGCUAACAACUCUACCAUUCAGCAAGCGUCGCCAACACGCAACACGCUUCCUCCAAUUAGCAUCCCUCCUCCCCAACCAGUGUCUCUUCAAUCACAAGCUGCACUCCCUCAAGCCUCCUCUGAUUCCCCUUCAAAGACUACGCGCUCUCGCUGGACUCCCGAAGAAGACAACAUGCUUCGUCUGACCGUGACAAUCUUUGGCGAUCGUCCUGAAUGUUGGGCAAAAAUAGCCGGCUAUAUCCCCGAUCGCAGUAACAAAGACUGUCGUAAACGUUGGUUUCACUCGCUAGAUCCAACUCUCCGUAAGGGUCCUUGGACUACCGAAGAAGACGAAAUUCUUCGUAAAAACGUCGAGCGAUACCCCAACUGUUGGAGCAAAAUCGCCAAAAGUAUUCCAGGCAGGACUGACGACCAAUGCGCAAAAAGGUGGAGAGAGAGCUUGGAUCCGAGGAUUGAUCGGCGCGAAUGGUCUCCAGAGGAAGAUAAGCUACUAAUAGAAAAAUAUGAACUUCAUGGUGGCCAAUGGCAAGAAAUAAGUAGGUUCUUUCCUGGCAGACCAGGACUGCAUUGUCGAAAUAGAUGGAGAAAGUUGCAGAGAAGGUUGGUGCGGCAGCAAAUAAGAGUCAAGAAUUUUAAAGGUGUCAACAUGAGCAGGAAGGAAUCCAAGAAUUCUGAAGAAAAUGACACAAACGAUGAUGAUGCCAGCGCACAGUCCUCUUCUUCUUCAUCAACUAUCCCUGCGUCCAUUAUCGAUAACACUGUUCUCACGCCUUCUUCAUCCGCGAAUGCUACCACCGGCAAUCUCACUCCAAUCAUUUCCCCACAACUUUCUUCACUCCAUCAGCACUUUACUUCCAACACUUCGCCCCUUCCUUCUCCUUCCCCUCUCCCUCCGUCGACAUCUAUCCCGUCUGCUCAACAUUUGCCACCAAUAACAAUCGAUGUUGACAUGCAAAUGCAAUUGAGUUUCCUCGGUGUUCAAAUUCUUUCCGAAAACGAUCAGUUAGAUCAAUCAGCAUCCGCUGCGAUGAACAUUGAUCGAGAGGAAGAAAGUGGGGGAGUUAAUCAGGAAGAGCAAAACAGGCAACGCAGGCAAAUAUCUCAACAAGCACAGCAACGAAAUCAAAUACAACAUCACGAGCACAUUGACAAUCAUCCUCAUAUUAAUAACCAACUUUCUCGGCCACCCCAACAAGCCUCGGCCUCAAGAAAUCUUAGCAUAGCGGCAUUAAUAUCGCCAGCAAACGAUCUUGGGUUCGUAAUUGGAGAUCCAUUGCAUGACUCGCUAAAUCAAACUGAAGUUAUUGGCGAAGACGGUGGGUCAGAGAGUACGGGAAGUGAUGCGUGGAGGAUGAGUGGCGUCGUAGAGAGAGGCCAGGACUUGAACAGCAAUGCAGAGUUAAGAAACUCGAGCGCGUAUGGACAGGAGGCGCAUGCAUGGGAGGUUGAAGAAGUUCGGCAA